CAAUGCAUUAUUUCUAACGCGGAAGCGCUUUCUGUAUACACAAAUACCUUCUGGUGUACGUAGAACGGAGAAAACUCUUUAUGGCUGUCUUUUAAACUGAAAGGAAAACCUUUGUUGAGAUAUUUUUUGAAAGUGUUCGUAUAGGGACGGUUUUUUCCUCAUUCAGGCAUGGUUCAUGAAGAUUUAUUUGCACGUCUUAACGAAGCUGGAUAUAAAAACUGGCUAAAAGCAGGUUACUGCCUCCUGAAAGUUAAAGAUGGAUUGUGUGGAUUUGCGGACAGUGAAAUGCGGUAUUUUCACAACACAGUCAUCAAUAACAACUUCGUCUUACAAAGAGGACAGAGGUGCAGGAGCAGCUGUAGACCGAGGGGAAAUCAGUUUGAGUCUGCUUGUCCUGUCUGUAAUGAGUGGAAGAGGGAAAUAUUGAGACACCACACAAAACCAUCUGGUGUUAUUAACUGGGGAAACUGCAGGCCCUGGCUGUGGCCUACUGAACACUGGGAGCUGGCAAAGGCAUUCAUGCCACGAGGGCUGUCAGAUUUAUCCAAAGCAGACCAGUGUGAUGCAGCAGCCCUGCUUAACCUCUUCCACUUCUGUGACCAUUUCAGCUUCAUCAACCCGACUCUCAUAACAGAGGUCAUACGCUGUAGGAAUGAGUUAAUGCACUCGUGUGAGAUGCAGGUCUCAAAUGAGUGGAUGACACGCUUUCAGAAGAGCCUGGAGCACUUGUUACUAACUCUACGCCACGUCCCUGAAGUGGCUGCAGCAGGUCAACAGAUCCAGGAGAUGUUGUCCGUUGAUCUGUCAUUGCACAUCCCUGGGGUGGACAGUGUGGAUGGAGCCAAAAUGGAAGGAGUAUUCAUUGAAUCGAUCAGCCAGUGUGAGACGGAAUUGCUUCGGGAAACUCUGAGAGACCUGUUAAACAACAGUGAACUUGAGGGGAAUAUCAUACCUCUGGAGAAACUACAGAACAUCUAUAGAUUCCUGAGCGGCCACAAGGAUCUUGAAGAGCAGUUCAGGACAGAACUUCAGAGACUUCAGGUCCUGGAGGCACAACUGCAAGGAGCGAACGCUGACAAUGCGGAAAGAUGACUGCUACAGAAACGACAGAAGGAAAAGGAUAGUCCUUGUUGCAGGAGUCAAUACAUGUAAAUGGAAAAAUCCAUUUUGGUUCUUAUCGUAUAUUGCAGGAAUAUUAGCAGUCAGGUCAUUAAUUCAGGUUUUUCACAACUGGACAUUCCAUGUAUUUUGCAAUGGUACACAUUACCACACAUGACUUGGAGGUUCUAUUCAUAAGGUACGAUUCAUAGAUUUCAGUAGUAUGCAGUUGUGUGCAAAUCACAGCCAAUAAAUUGUUAUAAAGUGUUUUUUUGAUCUAGGACAUUUGUUAGAAUGGGAGGGGGGUCAGCAUUAUAUGAAUGUUUACACAUGCCUCAUGUUUACAUAAGCCCUGAUGCAAUACAAAAAAGAAAGAAAAAGAUUCUUGUAACUUUGUGUUGUAACUGCUUUGUAAGAUAAUAGAAUACACUGACACUACUGACACUACACAUCUUCAUGCUUCACAAGAAUUCCUCAGUGCUUUGAGACUCACUGGGAAACUUUCAUGAAACUGUCUUAUUCAGCAAAAUAUCUGUCAGUGAACCGGGCAAACAUACAGCAGGA